UAUGAAGAGUAAACACGGUUCUGUUCGGCAUGUGUGACGUCACGCGGGCCACGCCGGUUCGGAAGCUCCGGUUCUCCACACUGAGGGCUUUAUCUGACCUGCUGGACCCGCAGGAGAACUGGAGGAGCGUCAUGAUGGACAUCAGCGGAACCUCCGGAGAACCCAGAUACUCUCAGCUGCACAUCCGGAGGUUUGAAGCAGCAGUUCUCCAGGGAAAGAGUCCCACGAUGGAGAUGCUGUUCGACUGGGGAACCACAAACUGCACCGUUGGAGAUCUGGUGGAGAUUCUGGUCCGACACCAGCUGUUCGCCGCCAUCAGCGUCCUGCUGCCAGAAGACCAGAUCUGCCACACUAAAGCAGGUAUUCUGACCACCAUCACCUGUUCUGAGAAUCUCAGGCUACGCUCAUCUGAAGAAGUGCUUCACCUGUCCGCCUGUCCCGAGGUCCCUAACCCCGUUCAGCAGGAGACGCGUGUGCUGGAGCCGGACAGCAGCACCGGACCCGAGGAGAACACAUGGAGCAGCUCUGAAGGGUUCCACACGUUCUCUUACCGCGAGCUGACGGUCAUUACCAGCGAUUGGGACGAGCGCCCCCUGGUGGACGGAGGCUGUCGGCUCGGCUCCGGCGGCUUCGGCGUCGUCUUCAGAGGCCGGAUGGGAGACUCUUAUGUAGCUGUGAAGAAGCUCAAUCCUAUGGACGACGGCUCACUCGAAGACAUGAAGACUCAGUUUAAUCAAGAAAUUCAAACUCUCAGGAGUCUGAAGCAUGAGCAUCUGGUGGAGCUGCUGGGGUCCUCCAGUGAGGGGCAGCACAUGUGUCUGGUGUACUCCUUCAUGCCCCAGGGCUCGCUGCUGGACCGGCUGGCGUGUGUGGACGGCUCUCCUCCUCUCUCCUGGCGGAGCAGAUGCUGGAUCAGCGCCGGAUCGGCUCGAGGUCUGCAGUUCCUGCACCAGAACAACCACAUCCAUCGAGACGUCAAGAGCGCGAACAUCUUGUUGGAUGAAGGCUUGGUUGCGAAGAUCUCCGACUUCGGGUUGACGCGAGCUUCAGCCAAACACUCGUGCUCGACGGUCAUGACAGAGAGGAUUGUGGGAACGACGGCCUACAUGGCGCAGGAGGCGCUGAGAGGAGAGAUCACUCCUAAAUCAGACAUCUUCAGCUUCGGCGUGGUGUUGCUGGAGCUUCUGUCUGGUCUUCCUCCGGUGGAUGAAAGCCGUGAUCCUAAACUACUGAUGGAGAUGAAGGAUGAGAUCGAUGAUGACGAGGUCUCUCUGCAGGACUUCAUUGAUAGUAAGAUGGAGGGAUGGCAGAUGGAGGAGGUGGAGAAGAUGUAUGACGUGGCGUCUCAGUGUCUGUGUGAGAAGAAGAACAGAAGACCCACCAUCACACAGUGUGUUCUCUCCGAGCUGGAAGAUCUUCAUCUUAAGCUGUCCCAGAGCUCCGGAUGAUCCGCUUCAGAAGUGCUGUAUGGAGGAGAGAGCGCACACACACCUUCUUCUCCACCUCCAUGUGCAGUGUGUUCUCCACCAUGUCCAGCAGAG